CUCGUAUCCAUGGCAACAAGUUUUGUAAAUUGUUUUACGUUUCCAUGAAAAUACUAUUAUGCAAUACUUUGUUUCCUAAUCUCUCGAUAAAAUAAUACAUUGAUUUCUGAUUCAGGAAAAGGAGGAUUAAACGUAUAGAAUAAAAAUUCUUUGUUUGGGAGCGAAAUUUUUGUGGAAUGGGAGAGGAGGAGCCAGCCUCACUUGACGGCCAAUUCUAUGAAUUCGCAAAAAUGAUGGACAAGAAGCGAGAUGGUACUACAAUCACACUUUAUAAUUCCGACUUCUGGUUUAGGCAGUGCAAAAUUCUAGAUGACAGAAAGGUCACGAUGACUGACACAGGCAUCUUAUUUAAUAAAUUUGGUAAGUCUGAAAUAAAUUGGGAUGAAUGGAACGAAUUCUUAGUGGAUCUAUGUGAGCUGAAGGGACUGGAUUUAGAAAAAGCACAGGAUACUUUAACAAACUGCGGCCUUCCCGGUCAAACUCCAGUUGUCGUUCCACAGUACAGAGACUUCUUUCUUACUUACAAACCUAAGGAAAAAAUGCUUUUCUAAAUAUUAUAGAAUUCUAAUACAA